UUGGUGCAUUUGUAUAAAUGUAAUAUUAUUCAAUAAAUUAUACAGUCAUUCAAUGAGUACAACGAGUCUACAUGUUACGAAGUCGAAGAGUUUAUCAUUUUGCUGAAAUCAUUGAUCCAAUCUAAUGUUUUAAAUCGAAGUGAACACGCUGGAACAUAGUCUCUAAAGAUUGCAAUAUAAAUGUCUCAAUAUUUGCACAUGGUUGGAACUCUUCGAUGUUUUGAACGUAAUGACUGAUUGGCGUGUUUAACUGAAUAAGAAUGUGAUGGAGAAAGUGAGUGAAAAAUCUCCGCUGCUUGCAAAUAGAUCUGAUGUUCGCAAUUCGUAUACUCGAACUGACGACGCUCAAGAAAUAGCCAGAGAUUCGGAAGAAAAUGAUGAUCUGGAUUUCCACACUGCUGUUUAUAAUAUCUGUCAUGUGCAGAUCGAUGUAUGUGAGCAAUCAACGUCUAGUUUGACUGACGUCAGUUCAAACGUUGUUGGACAUACGGACGUUACUGGGAAUGGUGGUACACCAACUGAAAGAUUUUCAAAGCUGUUUCGAUGUUUCUUUCUUUUGUUGCUGUGCAUAGUCCUUACAGGGGACUACAUUUGCUAUGACAGUCCUUCUGGUAUCCAACAGCAUGUCAUCGAGGACAUGGGCAUAUCAAAGACGCAAUACAUGGGCUUCUACUCCACGCUACAGUGGACAAACAUACCGUCCUCGCUGUUGGGGGGAUUUCUAGUUGACAGGAUUGGAAACAGACUGAGCAUGCCGAUCUCCACUGGACUGAUUGCGGCUUCCCAUACCCUCUUUGCAGUGGGUGCCCUUUUUAAGAACUACUGGGUCAUGUGGGUCGCCAGAGCCUUGUUUGGGCUCGUAGCCGCCCCGUCAGCCAUUGCAAACGACAACCUGACGGUGAAGUGGUUCCAACAAAGCAUGCUCAAUAUGGUGAUGGCCAUGAAGACAAGUCUAGGACGGGUGUGCAGUGUUUUAACUCUGAAUAUCAUGGAUCCCAUAUACGACUUCGUGUCAGCUCGCACACAGCCUAUGUACACCCUUGGUGUAACGCUGUUCACAGGUUCAUGUUGUGGCCUUCUGUGCACGUUAGCGGCCAAAUUGGCGGCCGUCAUUGAUCGGCGUUCUGACGUACAAAAACACAUUGAUCAUCCUCCAGUGGCUAAGGACGAUAGCAAAAAAGAGGAAUCCAAGUUUAUCCGUAUAUCUGAUGUAAGGCGAUUUCCGUCCACAUUCUGGCUUAUUGCCAUCAGCUCCGCUCUCUUCUACCUGCAGCUUUUCCCCUUCGUGACACAGGGAGAGCUGUUCUUUGCAACGAAGUAUUCAAGAAGUCCGAAAGAGGCAAAUACGAUAAACAGCAUGGUAUACAUGGUUGGAGCGGUUUCGAUGCCACUGUUCGGUGUUGCCAUCGACAGAGUGGGUCGUAACCUGUACUUCCUGAUGACCGGCCUCGUCCUGGGGCUGACCAGCCAUAUCAUGAUGACCUUCACCUUUGUGGAGCCGUACGUAUGCACGGUGAUUCUUGGUCUAGGAUACUCCUUGGUAACCACCACAUGUUGGCCCCUGGUGUCCUACGCGGUCCCUCUGAGGUACCUCGGCACUGCGUUCGGAAUCAUGGGCACCAUUAUAUCUGUGGGGCAGGCCAUUGAUACGUAUUUUGUUGGCUUCAUCGUGGACACUGCCGGCUAUAUGGUCCUCGAAGUGUUCUUUACCAUGUGCGUCAUCUGUUCAAUGAUAGCAGCUGCGUUGUUGUAUUUACGGGACGCGUCAACAGGUGGCCUUCUGAAUCUAAGUACAAAACAACGUGCAGUUUUUCUCAAGCAACAUGUGUGAGACAGACUUUGUAGAAAACGUUCAGAUUUGUUGUAAGAUUAUAAAUUUAAUUUGAUUAAAUUUCGGCGUGUUAUUGUGAUUAUUUUGUUAAUAUUGUUGCAUGCAGUGCCAAAUUAUUGUUUGUUUUAAAAUCUCAGCAUUACGUGCGCGUGUAUGUUGGUAUGAUGUUUUACAGAGGAAAUAAAAUAUUGCACUUAAAAAUAUCAGAA